UCCGUUGGAGCACCUCAACCUUGAAAACCCUAGCUCAACAAUGGCGUCUUCCUCUCAAUCCCAUCUCCUCUCCCUCCCUCUCCCUCACUCUCCCUCCUCCUUCCUUUCCAAGCCCAGAACUCCACACCUUCCACUCACUUACCCUUCUCCAAUCCAUCAAAGAACCGUUCCCCUUCUCACACUCAAUCCAAGACCUAUGAAUGGAUUUCAACCUCACAUUCACCACCAUCAGCACCACUCAAUAGCAAGACAACGUCUACUUCUGGUUUGCUGUAGUUCCAUUGAGUCUCAGAACAAUAGUGAAGGUAAUGAAGAAGACAUGCCGGUUAGAAAAGUGAGGAACAAAAGAGUGAGUGAUUGGACUACUUCUGUGCUUCUCUUUGGCUUCUGGGCUGGACUCAUGUUCUACAUCUUCCAACUCACUCCAAACCAAACUCCUGUAAGGGAUGAGUAUUUCUUGAAAAAACUACUGAAUUUGAAAGGAGACGAUGGCUUCCAAAUGAAUGAAGUUCUUGUGGCUGAAUGGUACAUCAUGGGUUUAUGGUCCUUAAUUUAUAGCAUGCUGCUGCUUCCCACUGGCAGAAGCUCUCAAAGCAAAAUUCCUGUCUGGCCAUUCCUUGUACUAUCACUCGUCGGCGGUUGUUAUGCUCUGAUUCCUUAUUUUGUUCUAUGGAACCCACUGCCACCUCCGGUCGAAGAAGAUGAACUUGAGAAAUGGCCUCUGAAUUUUCUUGAAUCAAAGAUUACUGCUGCAAUAACACUUGCAGCAGGAUUGGGGUGCAUAGUUUACGCUGGUUUAGCUAAUGAAGAUAUUUGGAAGGAAUUCUACCAAUACGUUAGAGAGAGCAAGUUUAUACACAUUAUGUCCAUUGACUUCUCAUUAUUCACAGCCUUCUCUCCUUUUUGGGUCUACAAUGACAUGGCUGCUCGCAAAUGGAAGGGUUCAUGGCUUCUGCCUUUAGCGUUGGUUCCAUUACUAGGACCAGCUCUAUACAUUCUAUUGCGCCCAUCUCUUUCGGCAUUGCCUACCAUCUCUGCAGCCACGACUGAGACCGAGUAAGCUGUUUAGCUCACAUUUUCAUUUUUAUGGCAAAACAAAUUGUGAUCUUCGGGUAAUUGGAAAGUUCUUAUGAUCUUGAUAAAUGAUGAGACAAAAAUCUCUCUCAGAAAGAAUGGCCCUAAAACAUCAAAACAAGAUAAACUUGUGAUUGACUUCGAUAUUCAAAUGUUUAUGAUCUGAUGUUGUUCAUGAAACUAGAUGUUUUCUGUUGCCACUUGCAUCAUUUACAAGAUGCAGUAGAUAAAUAGAUAGAGUGUGAAAUACAGGCAACUAUAUUACUCGUCA